AUGAGGAAGGGCAAAAAGAAGAAGCCGGAGUCCAGACGCCGCGGCUCCACACCCCAGCACGCCAGCUCGGAGUCCACACCCCAGCACGCCAGCUCGGAGUCCACACCCCAGCACGCCAGCUCGGAGUCCACACCCCAGCACGCCAGCUCGGAGUCCACACCCCAGCACGCCAGCUCGGAGUCCACCCCUCGGCCCAGCCCUGGAUCCGUCCCCCAGCAGCCUGCACCCCAGGCUCUCCCAGCUCCAGAAAGCAGACCCUCGGCCCGGGCCCCUGCACCGGCCCUGGGCCGGUUGCCUCCGGACCCUACCACAAAAGCACCCUCUCGAUCCAGGAAAUCAGGGUCUCUGACUCGUGCGGGGCCGCGGGCCUUCUGUUCCUGUUCCGCUUGCCCCGGAAGCUCUGCUUGCUGGCGUCGUCUGGGCCUGUGUCACAGCCGCAUCUUUGAUGUCCUCCUUCCUCUACCCUGGCCGACCAUGCCAGGAAGAGGAUUUCCAAGCCUCCUCACUUUCUACAGAGAACCUGCAAGAAAACACUCCACUCAUCGUAAUUCACGUGCUCCAAGCUCUCGGGCCUGCCGCUGUGGCUCUGGGAGCCCUGGGGGCUGCCUGUUACAUCACUGA